AGCAAGUCCAAAUGUUUAGAGACACGGAAAGUUGCCCGAUUGGGAUGACACGUGAUAUAUGCCUGAGGCAUAUGUGCUGUCAAUAUAGCAUCAGAGAUCCAAAGAUGAAUCAAUCCUACAGCUUUAGGGCGAUGAAGCACCAUGGAAAUGUACCUCCUGGGUCAUUCAAUAAUAGUGACAGUCUCCGUGUAUGCUCAGCUGGAUAUUUAUCAGGGAAUGCAGUUGGUCCCUACAUCUUUCUUCCUUUCCACGACCAGCCAUUGCCUGGUUUUGCUUAAAGCCACACUUAAUGGACUCCAGCAACGCUCGCAGGGGCAAGAUCACUUUCAAUAAGUAUUCCAGUCGCAGGUCGCAAUCUCCCGUUGAUGCCACUAGCCUUGAUCUAGUUUCAAUAUCCGUGGGCUGGAUUUGUCUGCCUACGAAGUUGCUACUUUCAGGCAACCCCAAAUGCACCCUGAGGAGUGCUUCGAAGAUAAUUCCAGAAGGGAUGUUGAUCGCCAUCCAACCUUGUCCCAAGGGAUAUCAUCAACAUUCGGCAGGCUGCAGUGGUUUAAACAAGCCCCGGAAAUACUACGAUCUACACGCCACAUUAUCCUUUCACUCCGUCAGCCCGUUCAUAAGGGGAUCGGACACUAUGAACUAAUUGAAAACUGCUGAUUGGAGUGACCAAGACGCCAACUGGUUGCAGC